CAAUGACAUAACUAAAUGUCUUUUUAUUACACACUUUGUCUGUAUUUCAUUUCAGUAUCUGCUCUGAAACCAGAGGAGAUGCCAGAAGUGCGGAUGGAGACUGAAGAGAGGCAAAGUGCUGGUUAUGAAGUUUACCAUCAAAAACUGGUGUUUUUCGCUGAGGAUGUGGGGUCGAAUAAAGGUGCUAUCAUUGGACUCAUGGUUGGAGGGGUUGUCAUAGCAACUGUCAUUGUCAUUACUUUGGUGAUGCUGAGGAAGAAACAGUACACUUCCAUUCAUCACGGUGUAAUUGAGGUGGAUGCAGCAGUCACACCAGAGGAGCGUCAUCUGGCCAAGAUGCAGCAGAACGGUUAUGAAAAUCCCACCUACAAAUUCUUCGAGCAGAUGCAGAACUAAAAGAACUGCUCAUCAACAUUUCCUCCCCUCACACUUUCACUCGUCAGGUCUGUUCCAUUCUGGUUCCUUGCCCUCAGCCCCUACACCUUCAGGUUCUCACCUUGUUAAAGGCAAAGGUGUGAAGACUGCUACAGAGGCUCAUUUUUAUGUUGUUGGAAAGUUAGGAGCAGAUAAGUGAAGCCUUUGUACCAGUUCAUGUCUCAGUCAGGGGUUUGGGCCAAAGGAAAACAACAUGGAACAAAGCCUGCCUAAUCCCUGAUCCCUUGAUUGUAAAGAGCUUACAUCCACCUGCAAUUUAUCGGACAAGGGUAUCCUUUUUCACCUGCACUUUGUCCAGUCACAACAAAAACUCUAUUCAGCCUGUUUAUACCUGGUGUUAUCAUGCGUCUUGGGUGAUCUGAUCACAAGUGGACGGCUUUGAGUCUGUCUGUAAACACAAGGCAUUAGAGUGCAUCUUCACAUGGGUCUCUAGUGACCACUGCAAAAUAAACUGGUGAAUCAUUUCCGUUUGCAAAGACCAGCUGCUUAGUUGUUUUUAACCGUGAGGAGGUUUGUCUUGCUGUAAACUCUGCUGUGUUAGCUUGUGCUAACCGGGCAGAUGUUGAACUGACUGUUCUUUGGGAGCAAAGUUGCUUCGGAGACGGUAGUUCAGAUCUGUGCCUGCGCAACUGUACAGACAGAAGGUUUUUAUUAUCCGGUUGGGUAGCAGAUAAGCAAGGACGUUAGUGUGGCCCAGGACACAAUAGCAUUCACACUGCUGAAACAAUGUGGCCACAUUUGGCCCAGACCAGCUCCAAAUGUGGUCUGAGCGUUUGGAUCUCCAGACGCAUUGAGGACACAUUUGGUUCACUCACACAUGUACUUAGAGCUGUCCACUUGUGAUCUGAUCACCCAGGACACCUUAAUACCAGGUGUAAACAGGGUCAUAGAGUUCCUACUGAAAAACCCUGCUGAUGAUUUAUGUGACGUCUCGCAGCUGAGACGAUGUAAAUCUAAGCAGUUUAAUUCCCAAUCACUCGUUCAUCGCUCCAACUGUUCCGUUUUCCUCAAACUGCUCCACCCUCCACACCCCCACCCCCCACUCUCAGAUGACAGCUGUGCUGUGUUUGAUGACAUAACAGCUCUUAGAGCUGGCAAUGGGAGGAGGGGCUCUAAAAGCGCCUCUCCGCACGAUUAAAGCCCAACUGUUUCAGGUUUGUUUUUCAAAAAAGGAAAAAAAAAAAAAUUGCAGAAAAAUUCUACAUAAUCAAAAUAUGUAAAAGUUGAAAAAUAUUGAAUGUUUUGUUUUCUGAUUUUUUUUAUGUGUAAUAUAUUAAGACAGAGAUUAGCUGUAAGUAAAUGUAGUGCAUGGCAAUAUUGAUGACAGAUACAGUAUACUGUAUGUUGAGGUCCUCGGGAGCGGUCCUCUCUUACUAGAUAUUUUAGCAGGAUUGUACAUUUCUAGUGUCUUCUUUGUGACCUUGUGAUAUGAAGAAGAAAAAGAGUAUUCAGAACCCGGUCUGCUUUGUCGUCACACAGACUUGCUUUAACUGAAUCUUGGCUCGUUAACGAUCAUCUCCAUGCUUCACUGUUGUGUUAGCUGCAUGGGCAAAAUGCUCUAUAUGUAAUAUAUGAAGUGUAAUAGUAUCCGAAAGGAAGACGAUUUUGUUACUGUUUGCGUUCUAUGCACUCUGUCAUUUUUGAAGUCUGAUUAUUAUCACCAAAUAUUAUUAUUGCUGUUAAGUCCCUGAUGCCAAUUCACACUGUCACUGCACAUCUGGGUUUUUGUUAGAAUAAGGAAGUCAAAGGUUUUCUGAAAGUGUAUCAUUCCAGAUUUAUCAUUCCACUCUUUCUCUUGAUUGUAAAUAUUUGGAAGAUGGAGAUCUGGCUCUCAAUGGCCCGGUUUCAUUAUCAAGCUCCACCUCUCCGUCUCUUGCUUGUGUGUUCUUCAGUCUUUCUUUCCAACCCCGUUUGUCCUGUUUAUCCUCUCUUUCCGGCUGCGUCAGCAAUAUUGUACAACGCAGCACUUUUGAGUAUUUGCUAAAGAGAUGGGACUCGUUAGGCCUACAAACGUUUUCUCCUCUUCACACACAUUCCUUCACCAAAUCUCACAUUCUAUUUUUCUACAUUUUCUGUGUAUACAUGUACAGUGCUUCUGUUCGUCCUGUGGUGGAUAUUUCUUUGUCUGCGUUAUCUGUUGUCAAGUCCUCACAAACAGGUGAAGAGUUAACAACACUAGGAGGAUGACCACAACUCACAUCAGCAUGGAGACACGUUUCCCUCUCCCAUUACUAUUAAGUUAUUAAUGCCACCUUCAGUCAACAUGAAUGUGACAUGCAUUGUGUGCUUUUAUACCAUAGAAAUACAACACAUAUCACCUCUCUACAUAUGAUAUCCACACAUGUACAGACACACUAACUGAAGCUCUUAAUCAGGUGAAUGUUUAAAAUUUGUAUCGAUGCUCACCCUGGGUGUCUUUGGAGGCUCGUGUUUUAAAAAAAGAAAAAAAAAAGUGCUUUUUGUUUCUCUCAUUGAUUCAGUGACCUUCCUCUGUGUGUAGUUAAAUGAACCAUUUGCUUAGAGUAAGAAAAGGCUUUCUACACUCACUAUACCAUGAAUAAAAUUUUGAAUGUACAUACA